CUAUAUAAGACUUUGCGGACCAACUUUGCUCUCAUUUCGAUUUACGCUUAAGUUUGGCAAAUACACUUUAAGUUUUCAACAAUUUAAUGCGAACAUUGCCAAAACAUUUAUUUAUGCAAUAUUGUUUAUAGAGUGCGAAUUACAAUAACAAAAGAAUGAAGUCGGUGAUCUUCAUCUUCAUUGUGUUGGCGUUGCAAAAUGCCCUGGCUUAUCACGAUCCUGAUCUAAACUACCAUUUAAGCCAGGUUCAGAAAGUGUCCAACUGUGACAACGGAUAUUCGUACGCUGCGCCUGCGGUGCAGCUCACUACGACCGGCGUCAAGGCUGUUGCACCUGCACCAGCUAUCAUUUCACAAUCCAUUGUGUCUGCACCUGCGUACCAGUACUCGGGAAGUUCAGGCUACUCCUCAAGUGGGAGCUCAAGCUACUCCAGCGGUGGAAGCUCAGGUUAUUCAGGUGGAAUAACGUACCAGUCGGCAGCACCACAAAUAACUUAUGCAGCACAACCAGCAGCCACUUACCAGACUUCAUCUCUUGCUUCCAAUUACAACAACUAUGCUGCUCAAGGAUACACAACGAAGGAAGUCCACGGAUACGCAACUUCUGCUGGUCUUUCAUCAGCUGCCUCAAGUGGCAAAACUGUGACACCCCUCGCAACAUACGCUCAAGCACCAAUCAUUGCGAAAGUGACUGCAGCUCCAUUGAUCGCCAAAUUCUCCUUAUCUCCAGCCAAGACUACAUACACACAGAACAUACUAUCACAGCAAGCUUAUUCAACCGGAUCAUUGGCAAAGGCGUCUCUUAACUCUUACAAUAGCAUCCAAGCAGGAGGACCAGUAGUCUCACAGGUGUAUGCUGCUCCUACUGCUGGAUAUGCGACAUCGCCUGCCUUGAGAGUGCAGCAGUCACAGAUCGUCGGAGGGCACUACGCAGCUGUCGCAGCACCUGCUGUAACACAGUACGCCCAGUACAGUCCAGCUCCAGUGGCAGCGUCCGUUAGCUACGCAGCUCCAGUGUCACAAUACUCAAGUUCUUCUGUGUCUCACGUGUCGGCUCCAUCUUCGAGUUACUUUACCCCAGCGCAGCAUGGUGCAGUGGUCAGUCAGUACUCAUCCCCGGUAGUGGCACAACACCAGCAAUACGCUGCGCCAGUGGUCGCACAGUACUCAGCGCCAGCUAUAGUGCAACACUCAGCGCCGGCAGUGGCUCAGUACUCAGCACCGGCAGUGGCUCAAUACUCGGCCCCGUCAGUGGCUCAUUACUCUACACCAGCAGUAGCAUCAGUGCGUCAGUACUCGAGUGCCCCCGUCAGUGUGGCCCACGUCUCGUCGCCCGCCUACACUGCAGUGGCCGCUCCUGCAGUUGCCAAGGUCGCAGCAGCACCCCUCGCCGUCAAGAAUGUUCACACUGAAUUUUUAGAGAAUUAUGACGCCCACCCGCGGUAUGCUUUCGAAUACAGUGUCAACGACCCCCACACCGGUGACAUCAAGCAACAAAAAGAAGAGAGAGACGGAGAAGUCGUCAAAGGUCAGUACUCGCUGGUGGAACCCGACGGCUCCGUGCGGACAGUGAACUAUGUCGCUGACUGGGAGACUGGCUUCCACGCCGACGUUCGCAACAGCAAAGACAAUCAACAUUAAAAAUACGAAUAUAAUUCGGACAGGCACCACGACCCAGUCGAUAACAUGCCUUAUUUGGUCUCACCACCUGUUAUAGCCUAAAUUAGUGACCGAAACGGUCCUAGGUAACUUAUGAUUGUAAAUAAAUUAGUAAAACGUAUCGAAUUGGAUAAGAACGGAAGCCGAUAGCCUUGUUAGGUCAGGUAGGCAUGUUGAGCAAAAAAUGUGAUUUAUGUCAGUCAAAAGGAAAUUCGGUUAAUAUUUGCUAAGUUUUUAGUUUCGUAGGUAAGUUAAUAUUAUCAUAUAUGUUUAAUGAUUAGGUACCACUACUAAAUACUCGUUAAAUUAUGUAUGUACUUACAUUUCAGACCGAGGUUGUUUGAAUCUCAGAAUUAGGUACAGCCUAGUCACAUCGACAAAUCGAUUUACUUAAUAAAUUUAGAAUGUUUAAACAUAUUCGCAGCUUUUUUUAUUCACUUAACGUGUAGGUAAAGGUAUUUGAAGUGCCAUUUAAAUUCGAUAUUUACUAUAAUACCUAGAAAUUACUAUUCAAAAUGUAUUCAAAUUGCAACACUACAGGCAACAUCCUAAAAUACGUAUCUCAAUAUCUUUCAUUUUAAACGUCAACUUCUUUCUUUUAACAAAAGAACUUUAAAAAGAUAAGCGUACAAGAAGCUCACGCCCUUCACUUGGAACAUAUAUGUGCUCGUUAUGCCCCUCUGCCUACGUCUUCGGAGACCAAAAGGCGAGAUUGUUAGUGUUCAAAACAGUCAUUCUUGUUAUUACUUAGGCUUUAAGAAUGCCUGUUGAAAUGCAACGCCAUUCACUUUAUUUCCGCGUCAUUGUCCUUUCCAAAACACAACUUCACCAUCACUGUAGGGAUCUCAAACGUUUUCGAAUGUAGUACAAAAGUAUGUCAAUUGAUGUAAGUAGUUAUAGUUACUAUGUUCUCAUAUUAU